GUAACCAGCUGAAGCACUUCCUCGUUUGUUUUCCGAGCUGCUCAGUCUAACCUAACCGUCCAAAUUUCAGGAUGUACAUAUUAAGGGUGGAAAUCUACAUGAAAAGGAGAAAGCGGUGCUUCUCUCAGGCUUGAACAUUUCUGUCUUCCUCCAUCUGGCCGUCACACUCUCUGCCUCUUCAGAUUGGUGCUCACUUUCUCUCGCUUCACCCUCAUGCUGUGCUGGGGGAAUGCCAAGUGUGGGCAGCUGGGUAUUGGUGUGGAGAGGAACCCUGUGUUCGAGCCGAGGAACUGUCAUGUGUUCAGUGGCAGGGGACUGAAAGAGGUCGUCUGUGGAGGGCAACACACGCUGUUCCUGCUGCAUGAUGGCAGUGUGUACACAUGUGGCUCGAACAACUGUGGACAGCUGGGCCACGACAAAGCUGGGAGCUCCCCAGAGCUGGUGGUCGCUCUGGAUACUCAGAAGAUAACAAUGGCGUCGUGUGGUCGCACCCAUUCGAUGGCAGUGAAUGAGCAGGGUCAGGUGUUUGCAUGGGGAACUGGUGAAGGGGGACAGCUCGGCCUGGGGACUGUAGAGACAUCUGUUAGAAUCCCAAGGUUGGUUAAAAGGUUAUGUGAUCACAGCAUCUCCCAAGUAAUGUGCGGGAACCAGCACUGCAUCGCGCUUGCUAGAGAUGGCCAGCUGUUCACAUGGGGCCAGAACACCAAUGGCCAGCUUGGUCUGGGGAAAGGAGAACCCAGCAAGCUGUCCCCUCAUCCUCUGAAGUCUCUGGCAGGGAUUCCUCUGGCACAAAUAACUGCAGGAGGAGACCACAGUUUUGCACUCUCCUUGUCUGGGGCUGUAUUUGGCUGGGGAAAAAACAGAGCUGGACAGCUGGGUCUUAAUGAUAAACAAGAUCGUGCCGUCCCCUGCCACAUCAAAUUUUUGAGGUCUCAGAAGGUUGUUUAUAUCAGCUGUGGAGAUGAACAUACUGCAGCGCUCACAAAGGAUGGAGGCUUGUUUACGUUUGGUGAUGGAUCAUGGGGCCAGCUAGGUCAUGGCUCCACCAAUAAUGAACUUUUACCAAGACGAGUCCUGGAGCUUAUGGGUACUGAGGUGUCCCAGAUCACCUGUGGCAGGCACCAUACGCUGGCAUUCGUACCAUCCUCUGGCAUGGUGUAUGCGUUUGGGUGUAACAGCCAUGGCCAGCUAGGUACAGGAAUGAUGGGAGAUUCGAGAAGCCCAUUUCCUGUCAAAACCAGUUACCUGACUGGAAAUGUCCAGGGGACAGAUUCACAGCAACAUAAAGUUCUCAAAAUCAUCUGUGGAGGAGACCACAGUUUCUUAUUGUACUCUAAUGAGCAGAGCUCUGCCGCCCCAGACGACUUCAGGGUGAAUAAUAUCAGUAAAAGCCUCUCCCCAAUCAAUUAUGACAGGUUAAAUUCAUGGCGGUUGAAACUGAUGUACAACACAGACUCUAGUGUCACAAAUGAUAUUAUAAUUCAACUCUCCUCGACGGCUUGUUGGAAUGCCAGCUUCUUGGAUCAAAGCGAUGAUACUCACUUCAAAACCAACCCAAAGAUCCCAGGCAUCGAUCUCAAUUCCGUAAGAAUGCUUUUUGAGACUAUGAGCAAACCGGCCUACUCUGGACUCCUAGAACAGACAACCAAGAGUUUUGAGAGUCUGUUGAUCCCUCAGCUGCCGCGCUCCCCUCCUGAUGUUGAGGCCAUGAGGAUCUACCUCAUCUUGUCUGAAUACCCAGCUCUGCAAGACUCGAAGAACUAUAUCCGCCUAACUAUUCCCCUGGCAAUGGCUAUUCUCCGGCUGGACACCAAUCCCAGCAAAGUAUUGGAUAACUGGUGGUGUUUGGUGGACGGCAGUGUCUUUACCAGAAUGGUCGACAUGUACAAGAGCAUUAUCAUGUUCAUGCUAACAGGAGGCAAGACGCUCCUUGUACCCGUCUUUUAUGACAACUAUUUACUGGCUGUGCUCAGGUUGCUGGAGAAACUCCACAAGGUAAACUUAAAGGCCCACCAUGUGGAAUACAACCGCUUUUAUAUUCCUGACAUCACCACCCUGGUGAACAUUCAGGAAGACUACCUCAAAUGGUUUCUGAGUCGAGCUGAAACUAAAAUGGGAUCUUCCCCUUCACAGAAUGACUUUCCCUCAGUGAACCUAUGUGCCUAUCCAUUCAUACUGAAUGCUCAAGCCAAGACAACAAUGCUGCAAACAGAUGCUGAACUGCAAAUGCAGAUGGCAGUAAGCGGUGCAAACCUACACAAUGUCUUUAUGCUGCUCACGCUGGAACCCCAGCUCGCCAGGAACCCAUACCUUGUGCUCCAUGUGCACAGGAACCAUUUAGUGAGUGACACUCUCCGUGAACUCACCAUGUACUCUGAUGUGGACCUCAAGAAACCACUUAAGGUGAUCUUUGAUGGAGAAGAGGCCGUAGAUGCAGGCGGAGUAACUAAAGAGUUCUUCCUGCUGCUGUUAAAGGAGCUGCUGGAUCCUGUGUAUGGGAUGUUCACUCAUUACAAAGAGUCCAACCUGCUGUGGUUCUCAGACAAAUGUUUUGUGGAGCAGAACUGGUUUCACCUGAUCGGGAUCAUCUGCGGUCUGGCCAUCUAUAACUCCACCGUGGUGGACCUGCACUUCCCCCUGGUUCUCUACAAGAAGCUGUUGGAUGUGACACCCACACUGGAAGACUUUAGAGAGCUCUCACCUACUGAGGCCAGGAGUCUACAGCAACUUCUGGACUAUGAAGGAAGAGAUGUGGAGGAAACAUUUCUUCUUACUUUUGCUAUCACCAGGGAGAAUUAUGGGAUGACAGAAGUAAAGGAGCUGGUUCCUGGUGGAGAGAGCAUCGCCGUGGACAAAAACAACAGGAAGGACUUUGUGGAGGCCUAUCUGCGCUACGUGUUCACAGACUCAGUGUCUGAACAGUACUUGGCUUUCUCCUCUGGUUUCCUCAAAGUGUGUGGAGGGGAAGUCUUGUCACUGUUCCAGCCCUCUGAGUUGAUGGCCAUGGUGGUUGGCAACAACAACUACAACUGGGAGGAAAUGGAGAAGAAUGCUGUUUACAAAGGGGAGUACACCGCCACUCAUCCAACAGUAAGAUUGUUCUGGGAGGUUUUCCAUGAGUUCCCCCUGGAAAAGAAGAAGCAAUUCUUAUUGUUCCUGACGGGCAGUGACCGCAUCCCCAUCCAUGGUAUGGAGAGCCUGCGUAUUGUCAUCCAGUCCACCACAGCAGAGGAGCACUACCUGCCAGUUGCCCACACCUGCUAUAACCUACUCGACAUGCCCCGCUAUCAGACCAAAGAGAUCCUGCGCCGCCGUCUCACUCAGGCUGUGGAGCAGUAUGAGGGCUUCAGCCUGGUCUGAGGGCAACCUGAGAAGAGCUUAUGCGCACUUUAACAGCAAUACACCCCUGUCUGAGUUCAAAAGAGGGCAAGUGGGAGGAUGUCGGACACAGCAACUUCGUACUCUUACAAGCUUAAGAAUCUUGAAUCUCAAAGGUCUAUGUGUAUUUUAUAUUGUUUUUAUUGCUUUGGGAGCAGUUUCUCAACCUUUCAGGACCAUUGGGAGGAAGUGUGAAAGUUUUGUAUAUGUAUGUGUUCCUAUUACAAAAAGCUUUUAAAUUCAGGUUUAGACAAAGAGGAAUCUGUGUUAAAUCUGCACAAUUACUCUGACUCAGCAAAACUUUGGAACCAGAGAGGGUUGAGAAACUCAGGCUUCUGGGUGUGUGUGUGUGUCUUCUUCUUGUUUUGUUUCCUCCUUCUUUUUUUGCAAAGCUUUCUAUUUUAUAUUCCUUAAAUUCUAUUUUUCAUUUUUAAAGAAUUGUGUUAUUACCUUGAGACACUAUAUUCCUUUUUGUUAUUUUCAAUUUAUCAAAUAAAGUGGUUAUAUUUUGACAAAAUGAACAUGUAUAUAUGUGCAUAAAGAACAUUUUGAAUAUAAUCUCCAGCCCAGUGUUGGAAGGGACGUUAGUCAUGCUGAUCCUUUGAAAUCUGGACACCAGCAUGUCCUCGCUGCCUGGGCUUAAAAAAAAAAGAGGAUGACCGCUGAGCUUUUGACAGGCAGAUGUAGGCUGCAGGGUGACACAGGCUGAAUAUAACUUGCAAUCGCUCAUUCCUGUUUAGCUGUGGAUUAUAGAGCAGCUGAUGUCUUGAACCUGCAUUCAACAGUUUGCCUUCUACAGCAGAACAUACUGUAUGAACAUGAAUCUGAUUUUCAGAGUUACCGAAUGAUGUCUGUAUGCAUGUUGUUGGGGUAAAGAAAAAAAAAAAACAGAUGGUUAUUUAUCAGCAGGACAUUUUUGACGAUUCACUUCUUGUGGAGAAUUUGAACAUUUCAGAUCACUGAUCCAACUACUUCUUGUUGCCACUUAGCUUAGCUAAGACUGGAACCUGGAGGCCCUCAAAAAUUAUGUCUGCCAGUUCAUCAGCUAUCCUCUUAUUUUUCUUAUCCUUCACAGGCCUUGUCCUGUGCUCGUUUCAAUAAUGGCCUGUAUUGGCCUGAUUCUGUAUACAAUAUAUGUUUUUUAAAUGCACAUUUCAGAUUCACAUCAGAUUCCUCGGCUGUUACCAAACAUAAUGCAAACACAGUAUGCAGUCAGGGUUGUGUAUUUUGGUUGAUGUUCAGUGUAAAACCUGUAACCAUGUAGUGUUUUUAUUGGUUGCCUGGCAACCAUCUAUAAUGAAAAAAAUGGUGUGUUCCAUUGUAUUUAGAAAUCAAAGAUGCAAAUACUGUCCCACCCAAGCUGACUAGUUUAAAAAAAGAGAAUCAGCAAAACAAUGUGUCAUGAUAUGUUAAGCUAAUCUGCUCACCUGCCAAGUUAAUUGUUUUAGCAACCCAAGUUGAUAACGGUGCAUUAUGCUGUAUUUUGUGCAAAGACUAAAAUAUUGAUGUGUCCACUAAUAGAGACUGGAUAGUUCUAUAUAUUUGUGUGACAAAUUUAAAGAGACACAAUCAGAUGUGUUUGUAACUAACAAUGGUUAGUUAUCAGCUUCUAUAUCCAAUGAUAGCCGGGUCGGUAUUAGAUCCUACACUUGCCACUGGAACCUAAAUACUGGGACUUUUGAGGGUGUUUUAUUUUUUAUUGUUUUCCUAUUAAAAUGGAGCACAUCAUUCCUGUGAUAUGAGGUAUUCCAAUUUCUUAAAAGGGAACUAUGAAAUUCUGGCUUCCCAGUUUAACUGAAAUGAACCAAAAUAGCACAGUGAUGGUUGCAUCAGCUGUAUUUCAUAAACCCAAGUUGUCAUAACCACCAGUUGCUGCAAAGGUCACCUCUCACCAUGUCCCAGUUUCUGAUUCAGUCUGCCAUCAUAUGUCCAAAGCUUCAUUGAUUUAACUUGCACCUAAGAAAUACAACAAAAUGAGAUAAAGAAGAAAUCCCACUGAUUUAUUAUGAGAUGCCGACUUGUCAGCUUUAUAGUUGUUGUUGUAUUGAAUUAGUUUAACAAAGCCAAACUAGAUACUCCCUCCGGUUUCCAGUCUUUUGUUGAGCUAACAAAGUGGUCGCUCUGUCUAGCAUCUACCAAUUUGCCAAAUAGCCAGAAAACGUUCAGUAAAUUUAAAAAAUAUCACUUAAUACAAAACAUCUAAAAACCCAGUAUUAGUAAUUGUAAUAUUUGUUUCUAUAUUGCAAAGUAAGAUAAACUGAACUGUAAAAUUUGAACAAAUGCAUAUUUUAACCAUACAGUCAGACUAUAAACCCUCAGCAUAUAUAAUAAUUCGAUAAAGUGUAUCAGUCAUAUCAUUUGUUCCAUGUCUUGCUCUGAUGCUGUAUUUAUUCCUGGAUACAACCUCUUUAUCCAAAAUACUGGUUGUGCAUUAGUGUGUUCUGUGUAAAAUGGUCUUGCAUAUAUAUAUAUAUACACACAUAUAUAUUUCUAUUUUUUUAUGUAUUUCCUACAUAACAGUGGUGUUGAAACAGUAUAACGACUUGAUCCACUCAGCAAUAACAAUCUGAAGUUGCCCAGUAAUGUAGUGAGAAAACUGGGCCUAAUUUAACUGCUGGACUCAUCUGAGAUGUUUCUGGACACUGCUUCUAUUUGCUUAGCUCUAUACUGCAUGUAAACUCAUGUUCUGCGUUUUCAGUCAUUAUUUAAACAUAUAAGGCUGAGUUUCUCCUGCAGAGUUUAGUACUAUGCAAAGGUUUGUGCAGCCCUUGACUUUUAUGCACCUUUUAAUGUGCUACAGAAAAUGUUUUGCAUAUUUGUCCUUAAUCCACACACAGCUCUCCGUUCCAGCCAGGAUUUUAAAUAAAAAUACCCUGGAAAAGCAA